CUCCCCCUCCCCCUCCGCGCCGGUCGCCUGGCCGCUGCCGGCUUUUUGUGGAGUCUCGGCCCGCGGUGCUGCCGCUGCUGCCGGACAAGGGGUGGCGCGAGGGAAGGGCGUGCUGGGCCGCGGCUCGGCCCCCGCGCCCGCUCUCCGGCUGCCGCCGGCCUCCGCCGUGCGCCCCUCCCCCACGCGCGGCGGCGCGCCCCGUCCCCGCGUGCACGCGCUGCUGGCGGCGGGCGGGCGCCCGGCGCUCGGGCGUGUGCGAGGCGUGAGGUGGAGAUGGGGGCGGAGGGAGCCGGAGCUGUCACAGGCCCCGGGUCCGCCUGACGGAGCCAAGUGGGGUGUCAUGGCCGCGGGGGGCAGCGGCUGCACUUCCUCUGCGGGUGCUGGAGGCGGCCGGGGAGUUGGUCCUGGACGCACGGGUCCCGUUUCCCUCUGUGCGGCGGCCGGCGGGACCAUAAGGGCUUAACUCAUAUAUUUAACCCCCCUCCAAAAAGGUUUGAAAGUAUUCUUGAAGGGCUUUUUGGACCUGCAUUGUUAAAAGAUCUCAGUUUAUUUAAAGAGUGUGACUCUGAAAGCAUUUCUGAUUGGACUUUCGAUGAAAAUUGUCUGUUCUGUUGCUUGAGAAGAGAUAAAGUAAAGGCAUCCUACUGGGUGUGAGUUGGUAUUUGCAUUUUUCUAGUGGAAAGUGGUGUUGAAUAUUAAUACCUUAACAGAUGUGAUUUGCACAUAUUCGCUCCCAUUUUGGACACUUAGUCGGUCUGGAUGAACCAGUUUCGGGAGCUGAUCAAGAAGCUCUGCUUAAACAAGAGCAAGCAAAAAUCCUUCGAUUCGAGAGACAAGCAGAAGAGUUCCUCAAUGCAGUCUUUUAUAGAAAAGACAGUCCCUGGGUCUCCGACCCCAAUAUUCCCCUAGUGGCCCGUGAGAUCAUGCAGCGAAUGAUCCAACAAUUUGCUGCUGAAUAUACCUCAAAAAAUAGCUCUACUCAGGACCCCAGCCAGCCCAAUAGCACAAAGAACCAAAGCCUGCCGAAAGCAUCUCCAGUCACCACCUCUCCCACGGCUGCAACUACUCAGAACCCUGUGCUCAGCAAACUUCUCAUGGCUGACCAAGACUCACCUCUGGACCUUACUGUCAGAAAGUCUCAGUCAGAACCUAGCGAACAAGACGGCGUACUUGAUCUGUCCACUAAAAAAAGUCCAUGUGCUGGCAGCACUUCCCUGAGCCAUUCUCCAGGCUGCUCCACUACUCAAGGGAACGGUGAGAACUCAGCAGAGGCAAUAGCAGUAGAUUCUAACCAUCAUUCGAAGUCCCCGCUGGAGAAGUUUAUGGUCAAACUGUGCACUCAUCAUCAGAAGCAAUUCAUUCGUGUUCUGAACGACCUGUACACCGAAUCUCAACCAGGCACCGAGGACCUACAGCCUUCUGAAUUGGGAGCAAUGGAUGCAUCUACUUGCAACGCUGGCUGUGCCCAGCUAAGCACCAAACAUAAGGAAAAGGAUGCUGUGUGUCUUGAUAUGAAGUCUGCUACUCCUGCAGAUUUGUUUGUAGACUCAUCAGGCUCGCCUAGCCCUCGACACUUGACAGAACAGACCCUGAAAGAGCCCCCUCCUCCUGAGACAAACCCUGCAGAUGGAAGAGAGAAUGUCUUGACUCUUCUCCAGAAAGAUGCCUCUGAACUUGCAACCACUAAACCUAACUCUGGCAGUUCAAUGGAUAGUUCCACUGCAGGAUACCUCACUGCAUGUAAUUCUUCCUCAUUAAGCUCCCUCCACAUCUCUAAAAGCUUGGAGGGGCAAACCACUGGACAGGAGCAAGAUUCAAAUGUGAAAAUAUGCAGCGAUGGUCAAGACCAUAUGCAGAGUUCAGCUUUAGUAGAAAGUUUAAUUGCAGUAAAAGUGGCAGCUGAGAAUAGUGAGGAGGGCAAUAGCUGUGUUGCUUCUCAAAGAAAUUCAUUCAAAGCUUUAUCCGAAGAGGCUUGGGACUCAGGGUUUAUGGGAAGCUCACCCAGAACUGCUGACAAGGAGAAUGCUUUACAGUGUAGCUCAAAAACACCUUCACACCAGGAGUUAGAGGCAGAUGAACAAGAUGCAAGGCCAAAGCAAGAGAACCAUCUUCACUCACUAGGAAGAAAUAAGGUAGGUUACCAUUUACAUCCCAGUGAUAAGGGCCAGUUUGAUCAUUCCAAAGAUGGUUGGUUAACCCCGAGCCCUGUGCCAGCCGGUCACAAAGCAUCUAAUGGGCAUUCACGAGCCAAGAUGAUGUCAGCCUCCAUUAAGACAGCUCGGAAAAGUAAAAGGGCGUCAGGGUUGAGGAUCAAUGACUAUGAUAAUCAGUGCGAUGUUGUUUAUAUCAGUCAGCCAAUAACAGAAUGCCACUUUGAGCAUCAGAGGUCCAUACUGUCUUCCCGGAAGACUGCCAGGAAGAGUACUCGAGGAUACUUUUUCAAUGGCGACUGCUGUGAGCUGCCAACUGUUCGCACACUGGCCCGAAAUUUACACUCCCAGGAGAAAGCAAGCUGCUCGCUGCCAGCAUCUGAGGCAGUGGUUACUCCCACACAGAUCCUUACAGCUUCACCCCUUAGACAUACCAUAGAUGGACAGCUUCCCAGAGAAGACCCCCCUGAAGAACCUGGUAAGGAGAUCAUCUGCCUCCUUGAGGAGGGAGGCCAAGACGCCUCAUCCGAGAAAGAGUCUCAAGAGCCUGAGGUUUGCACCAUGAACAGAGCAAAUCCAAGCAGUCCCCGCGAGUCACAGGAGACACCAGCUGCCAGCCCGUUGUGUCCUCUCCCUGCUUGGCUCCCUGAAGAGGACAGGCCAGAAGGUAGCCCCGCGGCUUCGGCUCCCAUAGCAAGCGGAGUGUCUUCCCCUGCGGGAGACCAGCAGCCAGACCCACUGCUGGACGCCGAGGAGAUGAGUGCAUCCCAGGACUGCCCCUCGGUUCCCACUACGGAGAGCACCUCGGGGGCAGGCAGGGAAGAUGUCUCUAGGCCUCAUUCUUCUCCUGAAGCAGUCAGUGGAGGAGAAAGUCCUCUCAUCUCACGAAAUCACAGUCCGCCCUUGGGCUUGGAGCCUCCCACGAGUCUGGGGAGGGCUGAGGAUGACCAAAGCAGCAGUCCUGAGGCCACAACGAGAGACACUCAGGAGCUGGACGCCAUCCCGCUCCUGAAGGAAGACAGCAUCUUCACUCGCAAAGACCCAGCCAGUGAGACUGAGGAUCCUGAGCCAGCAUGUGAGAGAGAACAGUUAGAGGCAGAGGACAGUGAUGCAAGAUCCUCCUCAGAGAAAGACACAAGCGAUCCAACCACUGACUCACCCGAAGAGAAUCUGGACAAGAAGAAAAAAGGGAAAAAGUUCCCCGAGGCCUCUGACAGGUGCUUAAGGAGCCAGCUCUCUGAUCCAUCCCCUGCUGAUAGGUGCCUAAGAAAUCAGAGUUCAGAUUCUUCCUUGCCUUGCCCUGAGGUCAAGGCUGCUAAAACCCCUGGUGCAAAACAUGCUAAAAAGGAAGGCCACGCUGGCAGGACAACACCCGAGGGCUCUCCUGUCAACCAUGCCCACACAGCAGCUCUGGAGGACCCUGAAAACCCACCUGCCGACGAACACCCUGCAGAGAAGGGUGCUGAGCAGCAGGAGGGCAAAAGCAGUGGGGUCAUCACCAGGCAGACUUUUAAAAACAUGCUAGCAAAAGACACAGUGGGGGAAGAAGUUUUCCCCAGCAGUGACCCCAUAGCCUCCAUUAGCCAGCCACUGCCUGCAGAGAGACUGGAAAUCUAUGUUGAAUCUAAGACAGGGGAGAGGAAUGCUCCUGUGCCCAAAGCAAGUAUCCCUUGUAAGAGGGCCCUGGAAGAGUCCAAAGAGAAGCCAGGACAUCCAUGUGCCCAGGAGGUGGAGGAGGCUGUGAACGAGGGAGGCAGCGAAAACACCCUGCAUAAAGGCGAUGGCACUGACACCCCCUCUGGCCCACUUGGCUCAUCAGAUAGUGGAGGUGGUGAUGCUGUUGGGCCACCAAAAUUGGUAGCAAGGCCAAAAAGAUUGACCUCUUCAACCUACAACCUAAGACACACUCACUCUCUGGACUCCGUGGAUACAACGAAAGUGACUUCUGAACAGGAAGCUGCACGAGGAAGCCCGAUGCCAAAGGAAAAUAAGGCCACAGAGAGUGGAGAUGCCCAGGAUGAGGAUGACACAGAGACAGUGGCGGACGAGCAGCCAAAGUUUAUGGAAUGGUGUGCUGAGGAGGAGAACCAGGAGCUCAUCGCCAACUUCAACGCCCAGUACAUGAAAGUUCAGAAGGGCUGGAUUCAACUGGAGAAGGAAGUCCAGGCAACACCAAGAGCAAGGAACAGGUCAGAUAAACUGAAGGAGAUCUGGAAGAGCAAGAAAAGAUCACGGAAAUGCAGAGGCUCGUUGGAGGUUCAGAAGCUUUCUCCUGUUCAGAUGCUGUUCAUGUCAAACUUUAAGUUGUCUAACGUUUGUAAGUGGUUCUUGGAGACAACAGAAACCCGAUCACUGGUCAUUGUGAAGAAGCUCAAUACCCGUCUUCCAGGAGACAUCCCCCCAGUCAAACAUCCCCUUCAGAAGUACUCUCCUUCUAGCCCGUACCCCAGCUCACUCCAGGCGGAACGCUUGAAGAAACACUUAAAGAAAUUUCCUGGAGCUACUCCUGCUCGGAAUAAUUGGAAAACACAGAAGCUCUGGGCCAAACUUCGAGAAAAUGCUGACCAAGUGGAUCCAGAGGAUGGCAAUGAUGCCAGCCUCAACCCUCAUUCUGAGGAUGGCGUGGAGAAUGUCAAGGACGAGAGAAACAGCCAUCGUCCCACAAACCUGCCUACUCCCGCCAGUACCAGGAUCCUUAGGAAAUACUCCAAUAUUCGAGGAAAGCUCAGAGCCCAACAACGUUUGGUCAAGAACGAGAAAAUGGAAAGCUCAUUGGGUCCGGCUGUGGAAAGCAAACAGAGUCGCAAGAGUGUUUGCAUCAACCCGCUGAUGUCCCCCAAGCUUGCCUUGCAAGUGGAUGCAGAAGGGUUUCCCAUUAAGCCCAAGAGCACUGAAGGAAUGAAGGGAAGGAAAGGGAAGCAGGUGUCUGAAAUUUUGGUUAAAGCAGAAGCUCAGAAUAAACGUAAGAGAACGGAGGGCAUCGGUACUCAGGACAGUAAGGACAGGGGACCAGUGGUGAAAGCCAUCAAAGAAAAGCAUGUUGAUGGAACCACCAAAACCCCUCCAGCCAGGAAGCCAACUGCAAGGGACAAAGCCAGCCAACUGCCCAAAAAGGUGUCUUUGAAAGAAAAUAAAGUGAAGAUCCCUAAAAAGUCCUCUGGAAAGAGCUGCCCUCCCUCCAGGAAAGAAAAAGAGAACACAAGCAAAAGACCUACCCUGCCCACUGCCUCGGAAACAGUAACGAAACCUGCAAAGCCAAAGGGGGCAGGUGAGUCCUCUUCCAGGCCGCAGAAAGCCGCAAACAGGAAGCAGAGCAGUGGAAAGACGCGCGCCAGACCUUUGGCAAAAAAACCAGAAAACAGAGCGGCCCAGAGAAAGCGAAAGCUGAAGGCAAAGCUGGACUCUUCCCAUAGCAAACGGAGGCGGCUGGAUGCAAAGUGACGGGAGAGCAGCAGCCCCGAGUAGACCUGUUCCAGAGAAGUAACUUUUAUUUUGCAUUAACUGAAUCUGCUUUUAUAAGCUUCUCAAGCCUUUCGAGUUACAGUUAAUGGCGAACACCCCCACUUGAGAUGUCAGAGAGUACGUCUCGGGUGGAGCAGGGAGCUUGCAGAGUCCUUCUCCAGGGCUGAGUAAGGGAAGGUAUAUAUUAUAUUCUGGUUGUUCCUUGGGUUUUAAACUUGGAACCAAGCAGUUUUCGUUUUAAAAAGUACAGUGCCUUAUUUAUCCUUUUUGUUUUUAGAUUUACAAAAGCUAAAAAGCUGAUCUAUGUGAUUAAAGGCUUGUAUUUUAUACUUGAUGCACACGCACUUGUACUGUAGCCGAGAAGACCACCAUCAUGCACAUGAAAGGAGCUAUCCAACAACCGCCCUGCACAUCUCUCCCCAAACAGGUGUCCCUUCUUGCAGGACCCCAACCGUGAACUUCCCUCUCCACCCUGUUUGUUUGUUUUGGUGAUAUUUGAAAGCUAAACCAAAUCAUUAUUAUGGUAUGUGGAAAAUGCAGAUUAUUAGGAUUAUUUUAAAAGGUUAAUAUUUCUGUUACUUGGUUUGGGAAAAAAAAGAUACUCAUUGUUGGUCACUCCUCUCACCUUUGCUCACAUGCUUAGACCAUGUAUUCUGAAUAACGUGCUCUUGGGAAGAAAGGUGUCACAGGGGUUAAUUCUGGCUUAUGACCUCUGGAAAUUACUAGCAUCCCCAAAGUGUGUCACUGCUACUUAACCAUCCUCUUCAUUUUUGGCUUUUCAAGCUUGCUAGCACUCUAAAGUUUUCAUUCUGCUUUUGGGGGAAAAAGCUAAUGUUUUUUUUUUUUUUUCAUCUUUUAGCUGUAAUUUGACAAUGAAGAUGAGAAUGACUUUUCUUAUUUUCUUUCCUACCAGAGUGCUUCCAUACUCAGAGAAAGCCAAGAUGUAUUUCCAGUGAUAGAAGAGUACAAGGGUAUUUAUGCACCCAGGCUUUGGGGCACAUUUGCGUGUGGUUGUCGGCCACAUGUGUCUCCUAAUGCCAGUUUUACAGUACAGUUCUUUUUUCCCAUGCAAUGUGCCAGAUUGUCCAUGGGCUGCAUCAUUAGCACAGGCCAGGUGGUCUAAAAGUGAUGCAGUGUCUCCAUGAGCAUCACCAGGACUUCUUGGCCCCAGACUCAGAAAGGGCUAAACAGCACAGAGUUAUGGAAAGGUGGAGAGCAGCCACAGCAUCUCGUAGUGCACCCACACUUCCCCCACUCCCAGAGUUGACUUUAGCUGGUGUAUUCUGAUGUGAAUAUACUUGUUGGAGUGGAGGUUCAUUCUGAUUGAUCAGUGACAUUUUAGUAGAUGAAUGGCUUGUAGCAUCACUCCAGCCCAUAGCAGAUCAGGCUCUGCUCUGUGGCUCAGAAGUGAGAACUGCAAUAUUUAUAAUCGGUGUUGUUUGCUUUUCCUUGUUGCAGCCUGAGACCGGGUGCAUUGGCUUUAACUCAGUUGCCUGUGACACUGUUCCAUUAAAACACAUUUCCCCUGGGCCACUCUGCAAAAGAAGUUUGAUUGUUAAAGCCUAAGCCAGCUUCUUUAACAUGUUCUGUCACCAAAAUAGGUUUGUGUAGACAGCUGCUGCCCUCUUUUUUUAUUGAAAAUGUUUUCCACUUAGGUUAUUUCAGAUCCCUUUAGAUAAACUCAGAUGGACUUUUUUUCAUGCACAUCAUGAUAAACCAGACCAGCUCUCCAGUCUCUGAAAGGUUUACUGUAUGUCAUGGAAGCUUCCAAUGAUUGGAUAGGACUGGAGAAUAGCAUUUUAUUUGUGAGAAAUUGAGAAUUGUGUUGGAUUUCGUAGAUAGUGAAGCUUACAAUCUUCAGUGAAGCCCUCAUUUAUUUUUUAAUGUCUCCUAUAUCCCAUGAGGUUUUCUCUCUCUCUCUCUCUCUCUCUCUCUCUCUCUCUUUUCUUUUUUUUUAUUUUAAGCGUGUUUGACUUUGGCCAUUCAGGAGCUACCUAUAUUAAUGAAACUGCUGAGUGUGUAUGUUGGCAACCUUCUCUCAGCAUUAAGUUGCACAGAAGCAUUAAUAUGUUUUGAGUAGGUUUGUUUAUUUUUUUAAAAAUGGUUUUAAGGUUUAAAAAUGUCUUUUCACAUAGUUGUCACUGGAUCUUGUUUGUGUGGUGACCUAAACAGCUUACGUUUACCACUGUCAGGCAUGCAGAUUGCUACAUGUAAGAGGUGCCCCUUGGCUGCAUUUAGACUACCUUGGGAGGUGCGUGGGUCCAGUCAGGAAGAGGUGAGAGGUAGUAAGUGGGUGGAACUUUUCCAGUUCCAAGUUUAUUACUCAUUCCAUUACUUUUCUAAGUUCUUCAUUUUUAAAAACUAACUUCAAAAUAAUAGCCUUCUCUCCCUUUCUAGGCUGCAUUUGAGAAAAGGCAUUUAUAUCACACACUUGACACUGCAGUGGAUCAUCUUUCAAAUCAGCUUACACUUUAGAAUGGUAACUACAUUUGAAUAGACUGAGAUUCUGCAUAAUUAGUACACUUUAAAGUUUAGAAUUGUUUUUAUAUUUAUUGAAUCUCAUUUUCGCUGAUUCAGUUAAGUUUGUUACAAGAACAAAGAAAACAGUAGUAAAACUGAGGGCCGCCCCUGGAAGGCCCUUUCACACCUCACAUGCUAGCAGCGCCGUGGGCCAGAUGUCCCCAAGCCCAGGCUGACAGUGGACUCUGGUUUCCAUCCCUUGCUGAGGCCUCCUCCCUCUAGCCACCUUCUAGUAUGGCUCGCCGCCGUAAGCAAGGGUGCAAGGCCCACAUUCCGAUUCCGGAUCAGGAAUUCUGCUCCUGGGCCUGUACUCAGCGGCAUGACUGCCCCAGGACUGGGGCUGAACUUGAUGCCCACCGGGCUCCUCCGAGUUUCCAGAGGAGCUGGAAGAUGCCUGGGAAGCAAACACGGGGUCACCCCCGCAGCUUCCUCAGAGCUGGGCCUCUUCAGAAGACCCGUUCUCUGUGCCCUGGGCACCCCGCCCCCUGCAGUGGGAGGACAACACACAGACUGCUCGCUUGGGGUCCAGAGCCUCACUCCUGCAGCCGCUCAGAUCCGUAGCAGUCUUGCAGCGCAGCAGGGAGGCCUCCUUCAGAGGAGUGUCCCUGCCGCUGUGAAUCAGUUGCUAGUCCCUUGAAUUCCUCGUUCAAGACUUCUACACGGCUUUAUCCAAAACAGUGAUCCUAGCCUGUGGGUUGCAUGCCUUGCUGUUUGUUUAGUAGUGUGGCUGGAAGAGGUGCACUUCAUCACCCCUUGUCCUGUGUGGUGCUUCCUGAUGGGACCUUCCAUGCAUCACAUGCUACACAGGUGAAUUUCUCACUGUACAGGAAGAUCAUCGGUAUAAGGCAUCACUUCAGUUUGGCCUCUUUCUUGCCUUGUAAUGGUGGCCUCUGUGGGGAAGGCAGGGGCUGUCACUGUCACGUAUCAACAGCAGUCCCAUUGAUGAGUGGACCUAAGAGGCAGACAGGCAGGCACAGCACACUCUGUGGCACAAACUGCAGACGCUGUAGUGUUAGCCAUCAGCAAGUCUGGUGCCUUCUCAACAACACCUGGAACUGGGCUGGAAUGUCCCGAAGGUCUGGCCAGUAGCCCUGAGAGGCACACCUGCUCCUUUUGGGUUUAGGUCAGCCAAUGGAGGCUGCCCUUGGCUUUCCGUGAUCUGUCAGGGGGCUGCAGACUGUGGGCUGGUUGCUUGUUUUUGUAAAUAAAGUUUUACUGGAACAUGGCCAUGCCCGUUUGUUUACUUAUUGUCUGUGGGACAGAACUGAGUAGGCGCAACAGAGAUCAUUUGGCCCACAAAGCCUCAACUAUCUACUGCCUGGAUCUUUAAGAAACAAUUUGCUGCCCCCCUGCUUCAGAAAAUAAUCCCUUUUCAAAAACAAAUCCCUGACUCUUCUCUUCUCCCUUCUUUUGCCUCUUGAUCUCUCUGUUCCCUUCAUUCCUUCCCCUUGCCCCUUCGUUUUUCUGUAUUCUUGCUAGAAGAGAGACAUAUUGGUACCUCACAUAGACCACCAUCUCCUGAAACGUGAGCUGCCUGAGCAUUCUGUCUCCCCUCAAAUCAGCCAUCAGUGGUGACCAGAGCCAGGCCUCCCCAGCCUGCGGAGCCAGAAGCUGUGGGCGAAAGGCAGUGAGCAUUCUCAAGUCCCGGGGCUUGGGCCUCUCGCUGCACUCCGAGUUUUCAGUCACACAGCUGACUCUGGAUUCACCUCUGGUUUACUGCUGAAGUCAAGAUUUUUAUUUUUGUUAAAAUUAGUGGAGAUUGUUUUAGAUGCACUUUUAAGCCUCUGAAAUCACAGAUGUGAUUUCUUCACAAAGACUUCUUCACAAAGGGGAAACAGACUCCAAACUCAAAGCAUUGUUUAUUCUUCAUGACAUUUUUGAUCAGCCUUUAGGCAAACAAAAAUGUAUUGGCAUAAUCUUUUCAGCCAUAUAGUUUGAAAGUAAUGUUAUUAAAGAUAAGCCAACAGGGGCUGGCAUGGAGGCAUUGCGGGUCAAGCCACCGCCUGCAAUACCAGCAUCCCGUAUCAGAGCACCAGUUUGAGUCUCAGCUUCUCUGCUUCUAAUCCAGCUCCCUGCUAAUGCACCUGGGAAGGCAGCAGAAGAUGGCCCACGUGCUUGGGCCCCUCCCACCCACAUGGGAGAGCUGGAUGAAGUUCCAGGCUACUGGCCUCAGCCUAGACCAGCCCUGGCUGUUGUGGCAAUUUGGGGAGUGAACUAGCAAAUGGAAGAUCUCUCUGUCUCUCUUUCUCUCUCUCACUGUCUUUCAAGUAAAAUAUAAAUCUUUUUAAAAAGAAAAGCAACAGAUAAAAAACAGGUUUUGAAGUACUCUGGAAAAAAAUGAUUCUGAGAAGUUAGGGAUUAAAUCGUUAGAUCUGAUCCAGGAAAUUCAUCUUUCCCCUCCCCUCAAAACUUAAGGAUAAGUUUCUAUGUCGUUUUUCAAAAUGAAGUUGAAAAAUUUUUGCCAGUGUGUCCAUAGAGUGACUUAAUUGUUUCAGUUUUGAAACAAGAUUGUCAAUUUGAGUUGUUAGCUAUUAAUUUCAUGUCUUCUUAUGGCUUGAAAUAUUAGAAACUUAUAUGUAAAUAUGAAAUCCACACUAUGCAUAUUACAUCAGCAAGGUCAUCUUCAUAUCCUGGCAGUAAGUACUCUUCCAUGCAUGUUCCCAAAUCCUUUUUCAAGGGAAAAUAUAUUAUUGUGUAUAAAACAAGCAGAAUUUUAGGAAGCCUUUUGAGACACUUUCCGUAGAACUCAUCCCUUGAAACAUCCAGAGUCCUGCAUUCUGCAGUGUGUGUCCUGGAAGACUUGGGUGUGUAGCCUCUGUGCGUUCGAGAGGGUCAGGCUCAGGCGAAACUGGAGCUCUCUGGUUCUGCUCCCAGCUCAAGGCUUCGCUGUGCUAUGCUCUGUUGGGCAUCCACCUUGGGCACUGUGUGGAGGGUGUCUUUGCUCUUGCCUUUGCCCUUGGAAUGGAACCAAAGCUGGUCAGUUCUCCCCUUGCCUCCUGUCUGUGUGAUCUUUUUCCCAGAGCCUUGGUGGUUUAUGCUCGGUGCUUAGGGGACAUCUUAGGCUCCACCCUUCAGAGGGGCAAUUGUGCAGCUAUGUUUUGCCCUAUGAGUAUAAACAUACGGCUUUUUCACCCGGCUAGGGCCACCCAUUCAACACAGGUUCUCAGUAUGCAGGCCACGUGAAAGUGCAGGCUGCCCAUUGGAAAACCAGGCGCACCGCAUUACAUGCCAGAAAUUGGACAAGUGGACUUCUUACAUAAAGCUAAAUGUGGCGCACACAGCUUCAGGCGCUACUGCCUGGCCCUUUACAGCCCAAGUUUACUGAUCCUUGCAGUGGUCAUCUGAGGCCCCAUUUUGUUUGUUCGUGAGUCCAGCUUUGUGACAGCUCUUCUAGAUUUCAGGUUAUCUUGCCUGUUGAUUUUGGUACACAGCUGCUCUUGGACAUUAUUCCUGAAUAAUGCUUAUACAUUUAAAAGAGAAAAAAAUAUUCUCCUUUCCUGACUGAAUAUUUGUUGUUGAUUAUGGACAUACAGUCAUAUCUACUAGGGUCUGUAAUUCAGCCUAAAAGUACAGUCACCUUCUUGUUUAUGAAUUAGAGUCAUUUAACUCUGGUGGAGAGACAUUCCACUGCAGCAGGGCUCGACACUGAUGAUUUAGUGAACUCAGCCUAGAAUAACGCCUGGCCGCAAAGGCAUACCGUGCUAGGUUUGACCCAGGAGCCCUCUGUAUUACUUUUGUAUCGAGUAUAUUUGCAAGCUUCUUAACUCUCCAAGCUUUGGUCAUUACUUGUGUGCGGAGAUGGCUGGUCUUUGCCUGUUUGAGCCUUGAAUCCAGACCAUGGUUUCUUAUAGAAAUACCAGCAUGCCAGUGGCAACCUUUGGGCACACCAGCAGCUUUAGACCGAACAAGUUCAGAGCCCUCUGGCCUGGCCUGACUCACCUCAUUUUGAGGAGCCAUCAUUAGUACCUUGCCUUUCCCUUCCUUCCUUCUGCUUCUGCCACCAGCCCCCUUCUAGGGGACGUCCCCUGCAGGACAGUCUCCCGUCCCCAAGUGCUUCACUGAACACAGUUUUGCCACAGGAGACCUUUUUCUCUUUUGACUUUUUCAUGGUCUGGUAUUUAGCCAUUGGGUCCAAUGCUAUUCGUUGAUCACCUUGGUUUUCACAUCCAUUUCCCAUGAUCCUCACCUCCUGUUGUCCUGUAACUGAUGCUACAGUACUGGGAUCUUGGAGAAAGAUGCCAUACAAACAAGAUUUGUGAAAUUUUGUAAAUCUGUAUCAUGGGCAGGGAUCAUUCUGAGAGCCACUGUCACUUAAGUUUAUUGAUUUCAUUGUGGUUUGUGCACUCUCAAUUGUUCUGGGAGACUGGUUUGAUACAUUUAAAUAGUAUUAUGGAUACACACCACUGUGGAAUUUCAUUUUAGUGUGUAAAUAGUGAUAUUUUCCUGUUCAGAAAACUUCUACGAAAGUAUUUAUUUUAACAACAACCACCAACAAAAAACUUAAAAAGGGCUUUCUAAAAAAGUGUUCUUUCUAGCCACCGUCCUCACCAGCUGUCCUGCCCAGCCAGGAACAUGCAGAUGGUGCAGUCAGGCAGGCAGAUGCGGCCUUGAAACCCUCACGGAAUUUAGGCAGAUGCAGUGGGGAAUGGGAACCUUAGCAUUGACCCUGCUGUCACCCUACCCCAGAACACACAGUGGGUAUGGCUAUGCCCAGUGUGGCAUCGGGCUCGCCUCAAGCAGCCCAUUCCUCAUAUACACCCCCUGACAUUCAAGCAUUCACUUCAGCCUGUGCAGGGAAAUGAGCCUUAGUUGUAACCCCAAGGAAAUACACACACACACACACACACACACACACACACACACUGGUUGCCUGAAGAAAGCAUUCAGGUGUAUUCCUGCAAGGAAAUACACACACACACACUGGCUGCCUGAAUAAAGUGUUCAGGUGUAUUUCUGCAAGGAAAUACACACACACCAGCUGGUGUAUUUCUGCAAGGAAAUACACAUACUCACCGGCUGCCUGAAGAAAGCGUUCAGGUGUAUUUCUACAAGGAAAUACACACACACACACACACACACACACCAGCUGCCUGAAGAAAGCUUUCAGGUGUAUUUCUGCAAGGAAAUACACACACACAAACACACACACACUCACUGGCUGCCUGAAGAAAGCGUUCAGGUGUAUUUCUGCUCCCAUUGACCAUGGGAGGUAAGCAUGUUACCUUCUGCACCUUGACAAUACUCAUGAGCACCUUGGCUCUCUUCCUCCUCCCCCUCCCCUCCCCCUACCUCUCCCCCUCCUCCUGCUUGUCUUUCCUGCACCUCCCAGCGCCGUCUCAGCAAGCAUCUGUGCAGAUGUGGGCCAGUCCCACCUGUAACCAGUGGUUACAGAACAAGACCAUCUGUUCUAAGAUGUACUCAGCUUUACUUCUCAGGAGUCCUGGUCUGCAGGUCACAGCACCCCCAGAUCUCCCCGAGCCUGUGCUCCCUGGUGAUCGUGUGUUCUCUUGCCUGUGCCCCACCGGUGGGCGCCCCUUCCUGAGGCCUGAUUCUGCCCUGCCCGCUGGACUGAGAACUGCAGCUCCAGGACUGCAGGGAGCAGGGGACCAGGCACACAGGGAUUUUUGUUGUCCAUUUGAACCAUAAUUUGCAUAUUUCCUUAUGGCCUCCCUUUGUCUUUCUAAACAAACGAGGAGGACACUUGAACAGUGAUGCUGGAGAAUGUUUUUUCUAAGAUACUGUUUGUAAGCAAAUCUGAUGUUAAGAUGAAAUGUGAAUGGGUAACUAGGUGCCAGGGAAUUUAGCACUGAACUAGACAGUCAACUUUUUUAACCUUUGCAGGAAGAAAUACAUUUUGCUCUCAUCUAAAUGUUCACCAGAAGUAAUGUUGUAAAUAGUUUUCUAAAAAAUAUUUAUUACACGUGCUGUAUACAGAGUUCAUGUUCUGAGUGAUGUUGGUUUGCAUUGUAGUGUUCUAGAAGAAUCUAUUUUGAGCAGUGGACUUCCUUUCAGAACACAGUUCACACAUGGAGAAAGAACAAAAACCAGCAGGUUGAGAGCUGUUUGGGGCAUUUGAUCUGUAACGCUACAUCAAAUCCAAGCUUUAACGGCCCCCUCUUCUCAUCUGGUUAUGUUAUAUAUUAUAUAAGUUUAUAUAUACAGAUGUAUGAUAAACUCGUCAGUGGUCAGUACCCAGAUCUGCUGAGCAGAUUUCCAGGUGUUCUUUCUGAUGUGUUGCCCAUAAGCAAUAAGAUCCUAGGUGAUACCAUGAAUUCUGGGGUCCACAUUGGCCCUUGUCUCAGAGGAGAGGGUGGGGGUAGAACAGCUCUUGCGAAGACCGCUUGCCUUGGCAGGAGAGGUUGCUGUACUUGAAUUUUUGCUUCUGUUUGCACGCUCCCUUGCGUCGUCAAACUCCAGCAAUGGAUGAGAAACCUGCCAGCACCAGACACGUCAGAAUUGGGCGUAUAGCUGGAAAAAUGAACACUUUGCCGUGAACCUGUAGAGGUUCCAAAUCAGGCUGAAGCAGAGCUCAUUUGGCUGUCGAGUAAGUCUAAGAGCUUUUUAAAAGAGAAGUGUAAGUGACCGAUUCAGUGUGCUUUGGCUGUGUCUGACCUACCUUUGGAAGCUAGCCCUUUGACAAGCCGCCUCUGUGCCUGGGCUGGAGAUGCCUACACAGCUGCCCUCGUGUCUGGGGUUCAGUCUCGUAGGUCAUUUAGAGAGGGCAGUGACUCCUCCGCUUCUCCCAGCGUGUUCAGUUCAACAGGUUUCUAAAGCUGUUUCGCAGCCUCUCCUUGUGACCGUCCUAAACUUUGUGAAGAAUAAUUACCCACACCCAGAUAACCCUUAAUAGAAGUAAUGUAGUUUUUUAGGCUUUUGAAAUAUGUCUUUUGUAUUUAUGAUGGUGUUUGGAAUUUUUCACUAGUGUUUUUUAGAUUGAAGUGGGUGCAUUAGGAUUACACUUUCCAUUGCUGAGCCUGAAAGCAAGCAAAGAGGAAAGCAAUUGACCUAUGUGGUAUUGUUGGGGAGGUGACUACUUGUGGGGCAUGGGGUGGGGGGAGGGGCAUUUUAGAUCAUGUUGGGGGUAAAAUAGAAUUCCGGCCCGAGGCUCCCCAAGUCUUAUUACCUUGUAAUAAAAAUUCCCUUAUUAGCCUCAAUCUCAAUAGAAGCCUGCUGUUUACCCUCAGGGAACAAGUAGUUUUCAAAAUUGAGCUCCUCCAAGGUCCUUGGCCAGUGCCUUUGUGCACUGGUGUCUCUGUAAACUAUAGCAUGGCAUUAUUUUCCCAGUAUGCAUUACUAUGUUGAGAAGUUCAGCCUACCUUGUAUGAGAAGCACAGCCCAGGGUCCUGGCUGAGGCUUGGUGAAUGCCUUCAAGGGGCCAGGGGUCACAGGAGGCCCAUGCAAUGUAACUGACACUCAGGUGCCGGGUCGGAUCUCUCCUUGUAGGCCACGCCGACCCUUCGGAAGGAGUUUAGGGCAGGGCUGCUGGUCCAGCUGUGGAUUCAGGGAGCUCUAAAAUGAAUCUCUACCGUUCCUUUCAAGGUCUUUCUGGUUCCUCUCAGUGUUGUCAUUGCCGAGGUCAGUCGCGUAGUUGUUCACACAUGCUCCUUGUGGCUGUCCUGAGUCUUAGCCAGUGAUCCGGAUGCCUAGGGACUGGGCCCUGGAGGGCCUCGCCCCUCCUGACCACGUGUGUGAUCCCGGCCUGUGUGGAGGUGUCUUCCUCAACGCAAUGGAAUGAGAAAAGCUGCAAGUGGUAACCCAGAAGAUCGGGUGUGUUAGCUCUUGGGCCUGGAUUUCCACUAUGUUAGUGAGUGUAGGACAAUACUGUGUCUUUAAUGGAUGAAAAUUCAAUGUAUGCUGUGAAUUUGUUGGUUUGAAACAUUGAGAAUUUUUCAUUAGACAAUGUUUACAUACCUCACCUGAAGAACCUUUGAGAGUGUAUAUAUGAAAUUUUAAAAUAUAUUAAGUUGCUUUAAAACAAUAUGUAUAGCUAUAAAAGUUGGAGUUAUUUUAACUUUGAAUAUGUACUGUCUCUUAAAUAUUGAAAUCCUGUAGACUUCUGUGCUUCUGUGUUUUACUUUCCUCUUAGGCCAUGUAGGAAACUGUGUUCUUGGUAUUGGUAAAGGGGCCCUCAUGGCAGUGCAAGCUUGGAAGGAUUUCCUGUGUCGUUUCAGAUUCUUGUUUGGUUUUAGGGAUGGGGUGUGGAGCUAGAGGAGGUAUUGGGAGGGUUUUCUCUAACGUUGACAUCGAUUCCAUGAGCUUUUUCAAGGCGCUUAUUUUAUUGCAGCAUAUUAAACUUCUUUGAUAUUAA